UCCACCGAGUGGAGCGGCCGGCGGGGCGCCUGGCACUGCCCACCUAGCUUCCUGGCCGGAUCCUGCGGGCGCCAGCUGCCAGCCGGGCGCCGGACACCAUGAGCGUGGGCUUCAUCGGGGCUGGCCAGCUGGCCUUUGCCCUGGCCAGGGGCUUCACAGCUGCAGGCGUCCUGGCCGCUCACAGGAUAACGGCCAGCUGCCCGGACAUGGACCUUGCCACGGUUUCUGCCCUCAGGAAGAUGGGGGUGAACCUGACACCCCACAACAAAGAGACGGUGCAGCACAGCGACGUGCUCUUCCUGGCGGUGAAGCCGCACAUCAUCCCCUUCAUCCUGGACGAGAUCGGCGCCGACGUCCAGGCCCGGCACGUCGUGGUGUCCUGCGCGGCCGGCGUCACCAUCAGCUCCAUCGAGAAGAAGCUGGCGGCGUUCCAGCCAGCCCCCAAAGUCAUCCGCUGCAUGACCAACACGCCCGUGGCGGUGCGGGAGGGCGCCACGGUCUACGCCACGGGCACCCACGCCCAGGUGGAAGACGGCCGGCUCCUGGAGCAGCUCCUGGGCAGCGUGGGCUUCUGUGCGGAGGUGGAGGAGGACCUGAUCAACGUGGUCACCGGGCUCAGUGGCAGCGGCCCUGCCUAUGCUUUCAUGGCCCUGGACGCCCUGGCCGACGGUGGAGUGAAGAUGGGGCUUCCGAGGCGCUUGGCAGUUCGCCUGGGGGCCCAGGCCCUGCUGGGGGCCGCCAAGAUGCUGCUGGACUCAGAACAGCAUCCGAGCCAGCUCAAGGACAACGUCUGCUCCCCCGGCGGGGCCACCGUCCACGCCCUGCACGUGCUGGAGCGCGGGGGCUUCCGCUCGCUGCUCAUCGACGCCGUGCAGGCCUCCUGCACCCGCACCCGGGAGCUGCAGGCCAUGGCUGACCAGGAGGAGGUCUCUCCAGCGGCCAUCAAGAAGACCGUCCUGGACAAGGUGAAGCUGGACUCCCCUCCGGGAGCCUCACUGGCCCCCUCUGGCCAUGCCAAGCUGCCCCCCUGAGGCCUGGCCCCAGCAGGCCAGAAGGACUGAGGCAUCGAGCCCACCGGCCCUGCUGCUGCUGCUCUCGGGGCCUCGCGCCUCUGACCCUCGACCCCACAGGGUGCCCCACUGCCCGCGGCUGUGCCCACCCCAGGGGUCCGUCACUUCCCACCGGGGUCCUCCCCGCGUCAGCCAGACUGUCCACCCUCCACCCUCUUCCUCCGCCCUCAAAGCUCUGUGGGGCCGCCUCCCUCCGGCUCCGAGCCUGGGUGCCACGGCCCAGACCAGCGGGCUCAGGGCUCAGCCGCUUCCUGAGCGCAGAGAUGAACACCUGACACCCGCCGGCCCAGGAGGGGGCCGCGCCCCACCAGCCUCUGCCUGCCCUGCCCGGAGAAGCCACCUCCCCAGGGAAGGACACGAGGGUCCUUGGCACCCAGGGGACCCGGCUCUCACCAGCAUCUGACCACCCCGGGGCCCCUUGGCCUUUGAGGAAAGGGCCCGUCAGACACUUGAACUUCCGAAGCCACGACCCAGCACACUCCAGCCGUCUCCCCCGCCCGGCCGCAGGCGCUGCCCCUCUCUCCUGUGCCUCUUGGUAAAUACAUCAGAUUCCAGCCCCAGCACCCCGACUUCUCACUUUGUGGGCACACGUGGAGGGAGCCCCGCCUGCCCCACGGGGCCCCGGCAGCAGAGUGUGCUGGUGGCAAGCAGCACUGCAGGCCGGGGGCGCUGGCCC